CCGUCGCGGCCGUUCGUCGUAGCCUGCUGCUGGUGCUGCCACGAGACUUCGGCUUUUCUCCGCGUUCGGUCAGCCGCGCGCGGCCGACGAAGUGACCUGGUGUGUACAGUGUGUGUUGGUAGUCUUGCCGUGCACACCAUACAAGCAGCAGCUCUCGGUGUGAGAUUUCGCGGGUUUGUUUUCAUCGAAGCAGGCUAUCGCGUUUGCUUCUUUUCCUUUCAUCGUAGUGUGCGAGUGUUGUUUUAUUUCGCGAUUUUCGGAUUAUAUGACAAGCGGCAAGCGGUCGCACGUUCCGAUAAUUGUCACAACACACAACAGUAGGAAUAAUAACAACAACAACAACACAAUCAAAGCAGUCAAGUGCGCGCGUGGUGAAAAAGAGAAGAAAAGAAAGAAGAUUUCCUCAAAAGGUGCUGCUCCCUCCGCUCUCUCUCCCUCCUUCCGGGUUUCCCCUCUUGCUACACAGUGUGCUUUCAGGCCUCUCGUGUCGUUUGGAGUGUUUUGAUUUCGCGAACGCCCGUGUGUCUCUUCCUGGUCCUGGUGUUUGUGUGUCACGUCCAACACGAUGCAAUUAGCACUACUAAUGGAUACUGCUAGCAAUCGGAGCAGAAGAAACCGUCAACAAGUCAACAGAAAUUAACACCCAACUCGAAGAUCUGUGCGCCGGCGCGCACACAACAGUGAACCAAGAGAGUCUAACAAAACAAAAACAAAGCACACAACCGCCUAAAGUUCCGGUAAAGAAACACGUGACGCGAUGACGACCGCCGCUUCUGCACCGCUGCAUAGCAACACGGCGGUGGCCACGACGGCUGCGGUGGCGGCCACGACACAGGUGGCCGCCACCCAGACCCGGAGCAACCGGCGCAAGGUGAAGGACUUUAACGACAGCAUCACCUGCACGCUGUGCAGCGGCUACCUGAUCGAGGCUACCACCGUCAACGACUGCCUGCACACUUUUUGCCGGUCCUGCAUCGUGCGGUACUUGGAGUGCAAUAAAUACUGUCCAAAAUGCAAAUCGUACAACAACAAAACGAUCACGGUGGCUAAUUUAAGGCCGGAUCGCAUCCUAAAGUCCCUGGUGUACAAGCUGGUCCCGGGGCUGUACAAGUCGGAAAACCAAAGAGUGACCAGAUUCUACUCGGACCAGUUUCCGGAGCCGGGCUCGCCCGGCGGCACCCGGAAGCUGUCCCCCGAGCAUGGCCUCCUCGAGGACCAGAACUUUUUCUCGCCGGAUGAGCUCAUCAGCCUCUCCCUCGAGUACCACUACGAGUCGAUUGCGGACUACGACCCGAAGCGGACCCAGCUGCCGGUCACGUACCUGCACUGUCCGGCGGCCGUCACGAUCCACCACCUGUACAAGUUUAUCCUGACGAAGAACGGGCUGCAGGUGGACAGCGACCGCAUCCAGGUGGACAUCAUCUAUGAGGACGAGAUUCUGCCGCACGAGUUCACGCUGAUGGACGUGGCGUACUGCUUCGAUUACCGCCGGGUUUCCCCGAUGCGGUUGUUUUAUCGGAUAUUUAUCCACCCGACCGCAAAACCAACGGCCACCACCACCACCACGCACAGCGUCGGUGGCAGCAGCGAUAAAAAUAGCAACGCAAGCAACAACAACAGCGGCGAACGCGACGCUAAUAAUAGCGCAACGAGCAACGGAAAGCCGCCGUCUAACCUCAACGAAAGUCAAGGUAGUGCAGAAUCGUCGUCAUCGUCGACAUCUCCGUCGACUUCGUCACCGGGAAAGGGUGUUGCAGCAGCCGCUGCCGCCACUGAUGACGUUUCUGGUGGAAGAGUAGGCGAAGGGGAGAGUGUCAACGGUAGUGUAAACAGUGCGACAGAUGAGCAACCGCUGCUGUCAGUGAGGCCCAGUGAAGCAAAGCCGGUGGAGGCUAGUGGAAGUAACAGUUACAAGUCAGUAGAGAGUAAAUACGAUAGCAAAUUGAUAAUUACCAAAACAAGUGGCAACCGGGCGGAUAAAGGUGUGGGUGAGAGGCAGGAGAAGGAGCCGAUCAAGUUGGUGCUGGUGUCGAAGAAGAGUGAUAAAAACAGUUCGAAGGUAAUCUACUCGAAAAGUGAACCCAAAUCGAGUAAAUCUCCCUCGUCGUCGUCGCCGACCAGUCCCGGUGAUUUUAAGCGACUUCGCAGCAGUGAUAUCCGAUACAGUGACUAUGAAACGGCGUCGACGUCGUUUGCGUCAAGCAGCAGCAAGAGUGGAACCGUUCCGGGCGAUGAUUCGACGAGAAAAUCCGAGUCACACAGUGCGAAGAAACAUAAUAAAAUAAAUAAUGAUUAUACCAGUGCAGGCGAUUCCAGCGGGAAAAAGUUCCCCGGAGACAAUAGUCGGAACAAAACGAACGGCAGCAGUGCUGCCAGCAGGAAUGGGGCCAACGACGCCACACUGGUCGAGUCGGCAAAAAGCAAGCAUGAAAAAUCCAAAUCUUCUCCGCACCGGAGCGAAAGCAACGGGUCUGCGGUGGCGAUAACGGCAUCUACCGGUGCCACCACCACUGCAGAGAAGAACGAAAAGUCAUCCGAGUUAAAGUGCUACGUGAACCUGAAGAAACAAACGGUCGUUUCGCCCCUGUCAGCGGAAGCGUCCAGCGCAAAUCGCAAACUCGAAGUUCCUAAACUGAAAAUUGAGCUACCUAGUCUGAAGACGAAAAUCUCCAUCCCAAAACAGGACAGCAGCGAACGGUCCCCCAAAUCGGCGCACUCGUCCUCGACCUCCUCCUCCGCCGCAACCUCACCGACCGCCUCCACGUCGUCCACCUCUGGCAAGUCUCCAAUAUGGCCGCCGAAGGCGGACGACAAACCGUCGGCGCCGGAUGUCAACUCGAUCGGCAUCGAGGAGUACGCAAAAACAAUUGGCCUCAAACCGGUCUACAAGAGCGGUUCCGAACCGGGCGAGUGGAAAAAGAAAAAGAAGAGCUCGACCUCUUUCUCCCCGGACCCAUUCUCCUCCUCCUCGCACCGCAAGCGCAAAAAGGCCAAACACUCGAAAGAGGCGGGCAGCGGCGGCAAACGGAGGAAAUUACACGCCGAAAUUUCCUCCCAGCACGAGCUGUCCAGCCUGAAAAUGAAGGUCAAACUCACCGAAAAGCCCUCGAAGCACGAGCGAAAACCGAGCGAGGAAGUAGCGUCGUCGACGGCGAAACAGAUUGCGGAAGUUGGCCCGUCAUCGUCCGCGGCACCGGUCACAACAAAGGCGGACGAACCGAAGGUGAUUGACAUUACGAAGGGUGACGAUGAUGAUGAUGUAAAAAUAAUCGAACAGCCUACGCCGGCUCCGCCGGCAAUUUUGGCACCGGCGGUCAGUGAGCCGGUAAAGACGGGGGUUGAGACGGCGACUACGAGGGUUAACGAGCUGCCGAAACUUCCCGCGCUAGCUGCCGUAUCGGACAACGGGUCGACCAAGGCGAAGAUUAAUGAGAUGAGAGCAAUUCGUCACAAGCCGAUGGUUUACAUUCCGAACCCGAUUGAUAAGAAUCUGUCGGAUACGUCGUCCACUAUUAAUAAUCUGAUUCAGAGCGUGCAGGCCAAGACCGGGUUCAUUGAUAAGGAUAAUGACGUACAGAUUGUUACGACGGCUGUCAAGAUGCCGCCGCUGGUUCCGACGAAGCCGGUGGUGACGGUUUCGAGCAUGAAACCACCCACGGUUAUUCCGUCGGUCAACAGUAGAAUCGCAGCGUCGAAUAGCAUUCCAAAGCCUCCGCAGAAGAUGUUUAGCCCCCGGCAUAGCCCUAGCUAUCCGCCACUUGCGCUGCAGAUUGCCCCCAAGAAGGUCGCCGUCGCGGCGCCAAUCAGUAGUACAAACAUUUACCAGCCAAGAAGUUCAGUUCCUGUCGGCUUGAAGCGCUCGUCGAGCGUAGACAGUGGCUCCACCUACAAUCUUCCGCCCAAGACCCCCCGGGUGGAUCACUUCGAGGCGGCCAAUCGUCUGCAGAAGAAGCCCUGCUACGCGCCCAUGUUUAACUUUGUGAAAGGUGCCAGUCUGGCGAAGAAUGGAACCACCAACAGUAUGCCGACCUCGGCGAACGAUGUACCUUACAAAUCUCCAAUCAGUUCCACGUACACCAAGGAGAUUGCCACGAAAAAGUCUGUCCCCAGUUUACUACUACCUCCCUCGUCGAUAAGUGUGACCAAGAUGACCGAUGUGGCGCCCCAACCUGCCCGCAUUGACAAUCGGCCCGCGCUGGAAAUCGUCCGGAUACCGUCCACGGCGCCGGUAGCGGACAAACCGCAGCCCAAAACGACCCGACCUCCUCCGCCAACCAUCCCGCUCAUCAAAAUCAAAAAGUCCAACUCCCUCCCAGAACACCCGACCUCGCCGAUCUCGCCCUCCGUGUUCCAGGUGACCAGUUCCAGCACUUCCGCGUCCACCAACCUCACCACCAGCUCCGCCUCCUCGCAGGACACCAGCGGCGGUGCGCUAGACCUGACCACUCGCGCCAACGAUGAUUUGAUUAUCCUCGAAAGCAGCGACAGCCUAACCUCAAAACUGAACGGAAACGAUUCAAAACAACCCGCCAGCCGGCAACCCAGCAAACUCGACAACAGCCAGCUGGAGCUUAUCAACUCGCUGAUACAAUCGUCCGCGGCAUCCAUGAUAAAGGCCGGCCCCAGCAUGAUGGCCAAACUGGGUGGCAUUCCGGGUCUGAAACUCCCCGCGGACAUGAUUGGCUUCGCCAUCACCUCCUCCAACACCCCAAACCUUUCCACAAUCACCACCUCAACGACCAAAUCAAUGCCGAUGCCGAAGCUGGCGGAAAUCAGCAGUAGACCCACUCCAAAACUCGCCGCCCGUCAACCCAACCCCUCCGUCAGGAGCAUCCCGAACCCAUCGGCGCUCGCCUUCCGCAAUCAAACAAUCCCAUCCACCGUGACGUCACCGACGCGAGUUCUAAACGUCAACACGCUCAGUAGGCCGUCCAGUGACGUGAGCUACAACAACAACAACAAUAACAGCAGCAAUUUGCUCAACAACAAUAAAAAUGACGGCGUCAGCUCGACGACGACCGGCGGCAAAAAGACGAUCGAGAAAGUGGCCGCUGGAUUGCGGGCGGCGGCGGCCACCGCGACGACGUCGCCGGCUAAUCAGUUUGCGGGAGGUAACCGGGUGAGUAGCAGCAAUGGCAAUAGUGCGGCGGCGGCAACCGCCAAUGGCGGUGGCAAAAACGGUGUAAACGUUGUCUAACGAUAAGAUUGCUUUGAGUUGGUCGAACAAGGAUACAAAACCACAACAAACUAUUGAAAUGGAAAUGUCCCAACUGUAAAUGUUUCAACAAAAAGUGAAGAAGAAGCAAGACAUGCAAACUCGCUGAUUGAUUGACAGCUAUAUUUAAGGUGACGGCCCGGCGAGAAUCGUGACAGCACGAAUCGCCGCGACGGCCUCGAAUCAUCUGACACGAAAAAGUCUUGGUUUCUUAGGUUAACACACAUGCUAGUGAUUACUGCGACAUUUGUAGCGUUGUCAAAAAGGUAUUGUCAUGUGACGCGCGAGAAGAAACGAUUCUCCAUUUUGUUUUGUUGCCUUUUUUUUCUUUCGUUUUUUUUGUUUGUGCUGCCACGUGACUUCAAUCAAAUGCCCCACUUAACACCCCAGCGUCGCUCUGAUGUUCGCUGUGUGGUAGGGUUGUGCAAUAAUUGUGCUGAGCAGUAGGGUACAAGCAAAAAAAAAGACAGAAUCAAUUAGAAACAUUGUCGGAGUGUUUGGUGCGCACCUCUUUCCAGCGAAGACUUGCAAUGAAGGGCAGCUCGGUAAUUACUUUCACGGGAAUGGAAGUGGUUCGAAAAACGGGUGGAAUUCUUUCGUUGAAUUAACGGCAUCAAGGCACGGAAGGGUUCGUUUUGAGUUUGGAUGGAAGUUAAAUGAAAAUUUAUUGUGAUUGUGAUUUACAGAGAGCAUCUCGAAUUCGAGGAUUGGCUUUCAUUGUUUAACAGUUUUAUAUUAGCCUUUGUCAAUUAUUUUUCGUUCAAUUUUGUCAUUUUAACAAUCUUCAAUGUUAUGUCCCUCUCGCAUCUUAAACAUUAAAUAACUUCCAAAAAUCAAAUUCACAGAUAAAUUAUAAAUGAAUUAGGUUUGCAAUCAACUUAUAAAAACAAAAGAAAAAAACAUUUUUUAAGUGAAAUUCACAGAAAUUUGACGGGUUAAAGAUUCGGUCCAAUUUUCAUCACAUUUGCGUUUUUUUCACUAUUUAAACAGUAAAAAGCAGAAUA